GGUUCUAAAUUUAACACGAUCAUUCUGUGCAUACAGAAGUGACAUUUGUAAAGAUGCACACGUUGGCCGUAUCGGCUCUCCUCGUCUCCCUACUCCUGACAGUGUCUUGUGAAAAUUGUGAAAACCCUCUCAACGUCGAGAUCCUGGUCUACGAUGACGUCAAUGGCGACAUCAAGAACUUUACGUCCGAAGGUGUGAUAACGGUUUCCGAGGACGUGUUCCAGGUGCUGGUGGCCAAUCAGACGAUCAAGAAACUGUGCCAGAACUAUGUCAUCAUCAACAACGAGCUCACGGUCCUUCAGCUGCUCAACAACAGCAUCGAGGACAUAUCGCCUUCGGCCUUCAACAUAUCGGCCACUUUGGCGCUGUUCAAGAUCUCCGAGAAUCCCCUGAACACGAUCAAGAAGGGCGUGUUCAACCACGUCAGGACCAAGGAGCUGGAUCUUUCCUACAACAACAUAGCGGUCAUAGAAGCUGACGCGUUGGAGAACAACACCUAUUUAGAGAUCAUCAAAUUAAACCACAACUUCAUCAAGGAGUUCGAUCCCAAUUGGUUCAUCAAGACUCCCAAUGUUUACAAGAUCAGUGCCAUUUACAACGAAAUGACCAGAAUUCCUGCCUACGCCUUCGUCAACAUGACCAAAACUAGACCCUUGAAGAUACGACUGUCCGCCAAUAGGAUAGAGGAGAUAGAUCCUUUAGCUUUGGAAGGCGCUGGUGUCAUUGACGUGCUCAGAGUUAGUGGAAACAGGAUCAGGGACAUACCUGGACAACUUUUCGUCAAUAAAACCAUAAAGAGCCUCCAGGUAGACACCAACAAGCUCCAAUGUUUCCCUGAACAGUUCUUCAACAGCACUCUCACUGAGUUAACCUUCGAGGAGAACACUUCCUUCGACUGUGCCUGUCUUAUUAGGGUGAAAAACUUCGUGGAGGAUAGGAAUAUAACCGUCAUCUACCCUUCGAUAAUCUGUGAGGAUAAAGCCAGAGAAGUGCAGAUUGUUUUCAACAAAGAUAAGACUUUCAAAAUUCCUCUAAUGAAACCUUCUACUCUGUAGGAGGCUUGGAGAUUGUCAGUAUAUUUUAAGAAGAUUAAUUUUAAUGAUAUUCAUUUUGUUAUUUAUUGAAUCAGCUCAUGCUCAUUUACAUUUCAAUUUUAAGUUGUAAAAAUUAAAUCAUUCUCAUCA